AUGGUUGUCUCAUUUCUCCGCUGGUACAAUGGCCGCCUCGCCGCGCGCCCGCUCCUCACGCAGAGCAUAACCACCGCCGUGCUCUUCGCUACCGGUGACAUUACCGCCCAGCAGCUCGUCGACCAGCGCGGUCUCGACAAGCACGACUUUUCCCGUACCGGUCGCAUGGCCCUCUACGGCGGUGUCGUCUUUGGGCCCGCCGCCACAACCUGGUUCAACUUUCUCUCCCGCCGCAUCACCUUGCCCAACAAGCGCGCCGAGAUCCUUGCGCGCGUCGCCGUCGACCAGUCCGUCUUUGCGCCGACCAUGAUUGGCCUCUUCCUCAGCAGCAUGGCCACCAUGGAGGGCGCCUCGGCCCAGGAGCGCCUCGAAAAGACGUGGUGGCCCGCUCUCCAGACCAACUGGAUGGUCUGGCCCUUUGUCCAGACCAUCAACUUUGCCUUUCUCCCCCUCCAGUACCGCGUCCUCUUUGCCAAUGUCGUUUCCAUUGGCUGGAACAGCUAUCUCAGCUGGGUCAACAGCAAAUAA